UUCCUCCUCUCCUCACGAAGUAAGUACGCAGAGCAAGCAGUGGGAGCUAAACUCAAGAUGGCAUUACGAGACGAACUUUUAAAGGCGAUAUGGCACGCUUUCACGGCUUUGGACGUUGAUAAGAGUGGAAAGGUGUCAAAAUCACAGUUGAAGGUUCUCUCCCAUAACUUGUGUACUGUGAUGAAAAUCCCUCACGACCCAGUGGCCCUGGAGGAGCACUUUAAAGAUGAUGACGAGGGACCCGUGUCGAACCAGGGCUACAUGCCCUACCUGAACACAUUUAUCCUGGACAAGGUCCAGGACAACUUUGACCGCGUGGACUUCAAUAGGAUGUGCUGGACUCUGUGCGCGCGCAAAAACCUCAACAGAAAUCACCUCCUCAUCUCUGACGACGAUGCCUUUAAGAUAUGGUGCAUUUUUAAUUUCCUGUCAGAAGAUCGCUACCCUCUGAUAAUGGUUGCUGAAGAGAUCGAGUACCUCUUGCGUAAGCUGACGGAGGCGAUGGGGGGCAGCUGGGUCGAGGAGAAGUUCGAGGACUACAGGCUGCAGCUGACCAGCAAGCAGCAGUGCCUGAGCGCCUGGGAGCUGAUCGAUCUUGUGGGCAAGGGCCACUUCAGCAAAGGCAUGGACCGCCAGACCCUCUCCAUGGGCAUCAACGAGGUCUUCCAGGAGCUCAUCCUGGAUGUGCUGAAGCAGGGCUACAUGAUGAAGAAGGGCCACAAGAGGAAAAACUGGACAGAGCGCUGGUUCCUGCUGAAGCCCAGCUCCAUCUCUUACUACGUCAGCGAGGACCUGACGGAGAAGAAGGGAGACAUCCUGCUCGACGGGAACUGCUGUGUGGAGUCCUUACCAGACAAGGAGGGGAAGAAGUGUCUGUUGUACAUCAAGUGCUCAGAGAAGAGCUUCGAGAUCAGCGCCUCAGACAAGAAGAAGAGACAAGAGUGGAUCCAGGCCAUCCAGACGUGUGUGCUGCUGCUGAAGCUGGGGCGGCCGGCUCCGCACCGGGAGGCGCGCCAGAAGCGGCGUGAGCUGCGGCAGAAGCAGCAGGCGGAGCAGGAGCUGCUGGAGCUGCGCAUGCGUGAGCUGCAGAUGGCCAACGAGAACAAGCAGCACGAGCUGGAGGACAUGAGGAAGAAACUGGAGGAGGCGGCAGCUAAUGCUGUUGAGGAAGAGAAGAGGAGACUGGAGACACAGACGGAGCUGGAAGGUCGUUACCGAAUCGACCUGGAGAAGGAGAAAAUGGUACGGCUGCAGAUGGAGGAGCAGGUGGCCCAGAAGGCUAGUGAGCUGGAGCAGUACCUGCAGCGUGUGCGUGAGCUGGAGGAUAUGUACCAGCGCCUGCAGGAGGCGCUAGACGACGAGCGACAGGCCCGGCAGGAUGAGGAGACCGUACGCAAACUACAGUCCAGGCUGCUGGAGGAGGAGGUGAGCAAGCGUGCGGAGCUGGAGGACCUGCACCUGACGCAGCAGCGCGCCAUCAGCCAGACGGAGGCGGAGAAGCAGGAGCUGCAGCGGGAGCGGCUGGCCAAGGAGAGCGCCCUGGACGACGCCAUGACACAGCUGCAGCUGCUGCAGAACGAGAGGCACGAGGCCCUGCAGCAGUACGAGGAAGUCAUGAAGAAACUGGAGGACGCCGCCAACAACACCAAGAGCUGGAAGGACAAGGUGGCCCACCACGAGGGUCUGAUCCGCCUCAUUCAGCCUGGCUCAAAGGGACCACAGAAGAUGACUAACUGGGGCCCGGCUGCCUUCACCGAGAUGGAGCUGACCCUGAGGGAGAAGAACUGGCAGGAGAAGAAGGGCAAGUCUGCCCAGACCACGGAACCCGACCCGUAGUCCGAAGAACCGCUCACGGACCAGCGGCAGAACUGAGAGAUGGGAGGGGAGGACAGAGAGAGACGACACCGGGACCAACACCACAGCUUCCACAGAAGCAUCGCACCAUCCAACACCUGGAUCUCCUGUUGGAGGGACCAGUGGCCCCCUCAGAAGGAGACUAUUGACCACAGAGCACACGAACCUGAAGCCCCACACCAGACCGCUCCAUAGUCAACAGAGAGAAGCAGCCAGCUGCAUAUUCACCACCUGAGCUGAGCACACCUAGAGAGAGACCAGAUCAUCUCCAGACUAACACCAGCACAUCGACUGAGCGCGUGCCAGACAUUAACUUUUAGACCCACUGGAACUUUGAGCUGACUGGACUGACCAAGGUGUCCAGGCGACUGUUACCAUGCUAACAAGUUCUACAUAUUUAGUACAAAAAGUACAAAUUAGUUUUUAUUUUUCCUUUACCAAAGUGAUAGUAUUAAAUCUAAUAUGAAAUGGUGAUGUGAGAAAUCAUCAGUGCAUAAACUCUUCUCAAUAAUUGUUUGCUAAUAUGCCAUUUUGUAAUUUGGUCUUUAAUAUAAUAUGAUCUUUUGAUGCUGAAGUAGAAAGGGAGUACACAUAGGGCAUUGUCUUUUGGACAUACCUGAGACAAACUAAACUCAUGAAAGGGAGAUAUUUGUUACAUGUGUUGUUGUAGAAAUGUCAGUAAUACUUAACUUGAAGGUAACAUAAGAGUGACAUGACACUGUCAUGAACCCUAACCCUAACCCUAACUCAAGACAAAAAUCGAAUGACACUUAAUGACAGAAGCGUUAUGUCAUAAAAGUUAUGUUUAUGAAACGUUCAUGACAGUGUCAUGUCACUCUUAUGUCGAUUCCUUCAAGUAAAGUCUAACCAAAAUGUUGUCUUCGUUUGUACUGUGUAAGUUCACCCAUGUCCACCUACGUGAGUGUUCCUGUGUUAAGUAAUAAGGCAUUCCGUAACAUCUGUGUCCUUCCUUACCCCCAUGGAAAUGGCAACGGUCUCUUCUGAACGGCCACGUUUCCUCUAACCAAUGCCCUAAGACUUGUGCUUGCUCAGUUUUAACUCGGAUGGCACAGUAUGUCAUUUAUUUGCUCUGUUUGUAUCAGACUAACAGUGUAACGUUGUUGUAAUAUCCAAGAGACAAACCCAAGACACAACAUUUACUUGUACAAAAGUGUAAUAAACAAACAAAUACA